AUGAGGAUGGAGAAAAAUAUUUUUGACUUGCUCCUUAAUUUAAUCAAGGAGCGCUUAACGAAGCACUCCAACAGGCCUUAUAUUUCUGCCGAAUGUCGACUCUACCCGACCCUUGCGUAUUUGGCUCAUGGCGGAAGCAAGCAGCUAUAUUCUUCUGCGUUCAAAAUUGGACUCUCGACAACGAAAGAAAUUGUUUCGGAAACGUGCGAGGUACUUUGGGAAGUUUUAGGACCGAUAUAUUUAUCGAUCCCGGAUGAGAACGAAUGGAGACGAAUCGCCAUUGAUUUUGACGCAAUGUGGGAUUUGCCUAAUUGUGUAGAGGCCAUUGACGGCAAGCACGUAAAUAUUACUUGCCCGCCAAAGUCUGGUUCUUUGUUCUACAAUUACAAGGGAAACUUUUCGAUAAUUCUUCUGGCAGCCUGUGACGCCAAUUAUACUUUCACGGCUGUGGACAUUGGUGCAUACGGUUCCCAAAGUGAUGGUGGCGUUAUGUGGAACUCGAUCUUCGGUGAACUUUUGUAUAAGGAGCAAUUGGAUCUUCCAAAGCCAGAAGUUUUGCCCGGAACCAACAAAAGUUUCCCACACUAUUUUGUUGGAGAUGCCGCAUUCCCAUUAAAGCCAUUUUUGAUGAGACCUUAUCCAGUUUUAUAG